AUGAACUCGCUUGCUAUUGCAAUUGCCGCCUUGGCGGCCAGCGUCUCGGCGCUGCCCCUGUUGGCCCAGGAGGUUUCUGUCGGCGGCGGCUCGUCGUGCUUGGUGCGCUGCUUGGACACCCCACCUGCCGAGUGCCCGGCUGGAUACUAUAUCGGAGGCGAGCCCGGCUGCUACACUUGCUGCAAGGACCUCCCGGUCAAGGCCGCCCCCGUGUUUGCCAGAGACUCGGAGGACGACGAAGACAUCUUCGCCCGCAGCGAGCACCUGCAGGCCAGACAAUCCGCCGACGACGGGUCCUCUGACGGCACCGUCGACGGCGGCGACCAAGGCUCGGCGUCGGAUGGCUCGGCGGCGCCCGCCUCGGGUGCCGCAGCUCCGGUCCCGUCGACUGUCGCCCCGCCAUCCGGAAGCGACGGUAGCGGUGACUCCAGCAGCAAAUCCCUGGGCUCCGGCUCUGACAACUCUGGCGGCAGCUCCGGCGGCAGCUCCGGCGGCAGCUCCGGCGGCAGCUCCGGCGGCAGCUCCGGCGGCAGCUCCGGCGGCAGCUCCGGCGGCAGCUAUGAUGGCUCUAGCGGCGGCACCAGCGGCGGCUCCGGCAGCGGCUAUGAUAGCUCCAGCGGCGGCUCCGGCAGCGGCUAUGAUAGCUCCAGCGGCGGCUCCGGUAGCGGCUAUGAUAGCUCUAGCGGCGGCUCCGGUAGCGGCUCCAGCAUCGCUUCCAGCGUCAUCGACGGUAUCAGUGGCACGCUCCCGAUGAUGAUGAUGGGCGGACUCGGCGGAAUCGGAUUGAGCGGCGGUCGCGGCAGCUCUUUGAAGAACAAGAUUAUCCCGACAAACGUCCGCGCAGCGGCCUCGCGCGUCAGGAACUUGGCCCGCCCGACGGGCGUUCGAGCGGGCUCGGGCGUCGCCAACCUCCUCCCGUCGAAGCUUGCGGCGCAUCUGAAGCCCACGGCCGGCAGCAAGAUCGGAGCCCUCAAGAACAAGGUCAGCGGCACCAUCAAGGCCCCGGUCGCCAAGGCCAACACCGUUGCCAAGAGUGCCGCCCAGUCCGUCAAAGGCGCCGAAACCAAGGCCAAGACCAUGGUCAACAAGGUCAGCGGCGCCGUCAAGGCCCCGGUAACCAAGGCCAACACCGCUACCAAGAAUACCGUCCAGUCCGUCAAAAAUGUCCAAGACAAGGCCAAGAGUGCCGCCCAGUCCGUCACGGCCCCCGUGAAAAAGCUAUCGUCCAUCGCCGGAAAGCUUACCGGCAAUUCCGCGUCCACAGGAAAGGUCAACCCGCUCAUCACGUCCUCCAACGUCAACCCCAGCAAGCUGAGCGUCAUCUCUAAUAAGCUUGGCUCUUCCAACAAAGCACCGGCCAAACAAGCGUCCCAGCCGGCCGCUAAAAAGGCUUUGAAGAUCGCCUCGACGUCGCUGAAAGUUGCUAGUAAAAUUGGAGGAAAAAGAAGAGGCCGCCGUUCCGUCGUGGAGCGCGAGCCCGAGACGUACUUUGACGAGUUUGACAACGAGGAGUGA